AUGAUGGUUGGCGAGGAUCUUAUGGAUAUUAAUAAGUUGCCUCCAACAUUCGCUAAUAAAGUAGUAUCCAGCAGUUCAGAUGAUGAAUCAGUUGAUAUGGAAAGAUGGGCUCCAGCUGGUGAGUCUUCGGACGAGCUACAAGCUGUGCACUUAGAUGAACAAAUUCGUUUUCGGGAACUUGAAGAGGAGCAGGAACGUCUUAAUAGUUCACUGCUGUCUUUAUCAACACAUUUUGCACAAGUGCAGUUUCGUCUAAAGCAGAUCAGCAAGGCAGAUCCAUCGGAAAGAGAUCGAUUACUGAAAGAACUGGAAGAUUUUGCAUUCCGUGGUUGUACCGAUCUGAAAUUAGAGAAGCAGAAGUGCUCACUAACGAUAGAUAACGAAAGAGGUGAUAUGAAUCAGCAAAAGGAACGGCAAAAGAUACUUAUCGCUCAUUUGAAACAACAACUGGAAGAUUUGGAGAAAUAUGCUUAUGAAAGUGGUGAAGGUGACCUUCCAAGCGCUGAAGUCAUGGCUAGACAAAAAGCAGUUAUUGACAAACUUCACGAAAAAGUGCAGUUAGAUCUGGAACUGGACAGAAUGUCCCAAUGCGAUUUACAAAAGAAGGUUGAUGAAGCAUUGAAGAAGCUUGUGAACCCCAUUAAAGCGAAAGAGCAGUUAGUGGAGCAGUUGCAAGCACAAAUUGUCGAUCUUGAGCGAUUUAUUGGUUUUCUGCAGACGGAAGUCAACGAUCGUCUAUCUAAUUCAGUUGUCUCGCUACCUAUUGUACCGGCAAAGAAGGGUUCAUUCAUGAAUUUAAUCAAGUUUAACCAGAAAUUCGAGCGUAAUCAGCUGAAGCAAACACUACAAGGAAGCCAUUAUGGUGAUGAGCGAGCACGGAUAGAGCUAGCAGUUGAUGCAGCAACUGAAGUGAUGGAAAAAUAUCUCCUGCUUUCGGUGGAUAUAGAUAUCUCUCAUUCUGAAUCGUUUAGUAAAUCAUAUGAUGAGAUUUUCAAACGCAGCGAAGAGGAGGUAGUUACUGUCAUUAGAAAGCAACUGUGUCCUGCUAUGCGUGAUCUUUUGAAACAUGGUAUGAACAACGUUGUCAAACACUUUGUUAAUUUUGCACCUUUGGGUUGCUAUCCUGGAAGUUCGCGCUCUGCUAGAAGUACUAGUGUACGAAAGCUGGAACACGUUUGGGAUGUCGUGAUGUAUUAUUACGAUUCGAAGUGCGGUCGUGAAUAUUGCGAUGCACCUAUUCGCCGUCUUUCACAGAGUUACCAGCUCGAUAUCAUUGCAGGUCGGAGUGUCACAUCAAAACAGCUUUUACUAUCAACUAUCGAAAAUAUUACGUCAACACAUACUCGACUGAAACGUUCCCCUGAUUCGAUGUGGAAGGCUCUGGUAUCUGCAGCACUGAAUGAAAAAAAAUUGCCGUCAUGGAUACGAACCAUUUUCUGCACAGAGCAGAUUGUUGAGCAGUGUUUUGCAUCGUGGUCUUAUGUAGUCAGAACAGGCUGUGAGGAUAUUUACCAAUUGCUGGAACGUCUUCAUAAGUAUAAUUUUCAUCUACCGGUGGAUUUGGCUGUGCGCCCCUUUCAUCAAAUGAAGGAUGCGUUUUGA